UCUGCGAUGCGAUGAAAAGGCUUGAUGCGGCGCAAAUUGAAGAUUUUUAAUUAUUCAUUUUAAUACUUCAAGAAUUUACCGUCUUAUUCAUCUCAGUUAAGGUAAGGGCGUAAGUUUACCCAACGGAAGUUAUGAAAAGUGAUUAUUUAUUAUGUUCAUAUAUAUUUCUCCUAUAUCACAGCCAUGUUGAAGUAGUGUUGAUUUUAAUAAGUUUACGUCGGUUCAACGUUUACUAGAAAGUUAAAGUUUAUUAAAGUUCACAAGUACGUGUGAUCAGACACGAGUUUUGUUUGUGUUGUGUUAAUAAAGUUGAAAAGUCUUUACAAAAUGAAAAGUGAUCUAAAGUGCUACCGAUUCAGGCGUCGAGGCGUCAUCUUCAAGAAAUGGAUUCUGAAGACUCUCGAGAUGCAUCUGGAGAUGCUCAAUCAACAUCAAGCAGUAGUAGUUCCAGUUCAAGAAGUAGGCGAAGUUCAUCAUCAGAUAGUUCUAAAAAGGACCCAAAGUCCCCACCCCAUUCCCCUACAUCCCCAAGAUAUAAUCGUCCGAAAUCCCCCUCACCUGACAGCCGGUCUCAAACUUCUGAAAGAUCAACUACUACUGGUAAACCUCCAUUGUCGCCCGAUAAUUUGAGUGAAGCUCACUCGGACAUAAAUUCACCUGAAAAUUCUAUACCUCCAUCACCCAUAGACCCUAAAUCACCAGAUGGUCCAAAGUCGCCAAGUGAAGUUGGGUCAAAUAUUGGUUCGCCAGAAAACCCUGAGCAGUAUUCUUCAGCCCCACCAUCAGGCGGAGAAGGCCCUAAAACACCACAUUCUCCUGGCAGUUCUCUUAAAUCCCCACCAGCUUCACCAUUGCAACCAGUUUCUCCAGACUCUGCAUCUCAAGUCACAUCACCUAGAAAUCGUGAACCAAGAUCACCUUCUGCUAGUCCAUCCCCAGAUAGAGCAUCUUUUCAAUCCUCACCUCCUAGAUCACCAAUUAAAAAAAAUGAUUGGAGUCCUAAAGAAAAAUGGCGAAGGCACACAAAAGCUGAACAAAAAAUGGUCUCUAUGCCUAGAAAUCGGAGUAGAUCUGAAUCAAGCCAGUCUAGUAGAAGUUCAUCAUAUAAUAAAAGGCCAAGUAAUAAGGAUCCAGCAACUGAAGCAAUUUCUGAUGGUGAAAUGGAAUCUGAUCAAGAGGAUGAUAAACUGCGAAGCAAAUCAGCAGCAAGUGAUAAACAGGAAAAAGACCAUAACAUUAGCCAUGAAGAUUUAUCUGACGUAUCUGAUGACUCUGAUGCACCAGAUAACAUGGACAAACUGGCAAAGAGUAAACCAAAAACACCAUCACCUGAUACAAAAAAUGAUAUAAGCAAUGGUAAUGAUGCAACAAGUUUAGUGUCUUCACCAAAAUCUGACAACGGGAUUAGUGAUGCUCCCAAAUUAGAAAAAGUGCCUCAAGAAAAAACCAGCAACAUUGAAGACGGAGAGGAGCAAUUGGACUUUGAAGCAGAAGAAGGUGAAUGUAUUGAACCCACGAAAACCAAAGAGCAGUCAAAUGGAGAUAUUGAAACACAGGGAGCUAGGAAAGAGGAUGUGAAAGCUAUUCGUCGUUCACGAGGCUCUUCACUGGAAGAAGGGGAGGUAUCAGAUGAGGCAGAGCGGAGACCAGAAGAAAGUGAACCAAGACCUGUUUGCAGAUUCUUUUCAAGAGGUGCAUGCACAUGGGGAAAUAGUUGCAGGUUUCUGCAUCCAGGUGUGACAGACAAGGGUAAUUACAACAUGUUUGACGUGGUGCGCGGAGUGCCACCCACAGGACCCUUUCCCGCGCCCCGAGACACAGCGCCGCCCGAAUCCGCUUGGGAACGUGGCCUUCGCACGGCUAAGGAGAUGCUGAGAAUAGCAAACAAACGUAAAGAGCAGGAUAUGGAUUUCGAAGAGAAAAAGCUGCACUUGUCAGUGGGUGGGGUGGUUCACGAUCCGGACGCAGAGUUAGCGUACGCGGCCGCGGCCGUGGGAGCGUCGCCUCCACACGACGUGCCGCCCGCUCACCGCGACCCCGAGAUGUAUAAUAGGCCAGGUCCAUUCGGCGCUAUGAUCUACCGUGGAGGGCGUUUCCCGCGCCCUCCAAUGGACGAGCGCGAACGUUACUACGAACGUGAGCGUGGUUUUGAACGCGAGCGCCCGUACGAACGCCCGCCGUAUUACGACGAGCAUAUGCCUGCCCCUGAAGAUGUUCCCUACCAUAAGAGACGGGUACGCUCAUCACGCGAGGUGAUAGUCCAGCGUGCGGAGGUGGAAAAACGCGAGGCCCGUGAAGGCAGAGAAGGUCGUGAGGUUCGCGAAGGCCGCGUGAGGGAGAUUCGGGAUAGCCGUGAGAUUCGAGACGGCCGCGACGGCCGCGAGGGUCGCGACGGCCGCGGGGACGAGUGGGCCGAUCCCUGGAUGCGCGCUGAACCCGCCGCUCGACGAAGAAAGCCACAGUCCUCUGAGGACUCUUAUUCCUCUUCUAGCUCUUCAAAUUCCAGCUCGCGUAGUACAGGCAGCCCCGGAGCGAGGCGUAAGACACGGGCGUCGUCGUCUUCACGACAGAGGUUGUCGCCCUCGGUGAUCGUGCGAGAGCGUCGAUUGGCGACUGCACGCGCUACUGCCAUGAAUCCACCAGCGCCGCGCAGACGUGCACCCUCGCCGGCGGCCGCGAGGCAAAUGAGUGCGAACCCACCUCCGCCUGUACUACACCGGCAUAAGGAGGAACUAGAUCCAUACGGACGCGGCAAAGAAUCCAGUCGGAGUAGAAAUAGGAAAAAAUAUUCGAGAUCAUCUUCAUCUGGUUCAGAGUCGUCAACAUCAUCGAGCGAAUCGGAGAGCGAGUCACGGUCAUCAUCAUCGUCAGGCAGCUCAGGAGCAAGACGUGCUCGUCAGGCACGUCUCCUCAACGCCGCUGCGAGGCCUCGGAUGAAUGUUAAAUCUAAUGCUGGCCUAGCAGCUUCAGUAUCAACGGCCACUAGUAAAAAGGAGCCAUCGAUAGAGAAAGAAUUAAUUAAUAAGAAACGUUCAGCGACAUCACCCGUCGGCGGAGCGGCGCCUGCAAAGAAAUCAGUUUCAAGACGAGAAGAACUACUGAAGCAACUGAAGGCAGUUGAGGACGCCAUUGCUAGGAAGAGAUCCAAGAUAUAGGGCGUAGCUGUGGUGCUUUAUAGCAAAAGACAUUUAGGAGCAGCGAAUUUUAUGUACGAUGACAUUGACAGCAAUUUAUUCUGAGAACUUCUCUACACGCUGGGCGAACAAUAGCUGCGAGUUGCAGGCAUUGCAUUCAUAAUCGGGGCAUGUAACGCCAACUUUUGUUACUUCGAAGUGUUCAUUAAAUUUUUUAUAAGA